AUGUCUACAGUACCCAGCCUCCGUCGGGUAAUUCCUGUAGGGAAUGUGGAUGAAAUACGAGAGGCUCGAAAAGAGCUCCUCAAGAGGCUGUCUACUAAAGAACUAGCUCAUGUUGCUGCGUUAUUUGGACAGGCUAGGUGGACAAGGGCUGACUGUUAUAAAUAUAUUAUGAAAGCCCUCGACGAUAUUGCCGGAGACUCUCUGCGCAAGAUGGUACAAGAGUUACAAGGAUCGAGAUGCAAGCAGUUGGUAGAUGUCCUUAUCUCAGUGGCGGAAUAUGAAAAGAAAUCCCGAGACGGGCUGCUUGAUAGAUCAAAAUCAAUUGAGAUCCCAGAGAUCUACCUUCCCCAGGACAUACCAAACGAGGCAGUGCCAUAUAGCGGUAACAUAAACGAAGAACAAGGUUCUUGGACGUUGGUGAGCCCCUGGGAUUCUUCCCAGAAAUUGACUUUCUACAGUCAGGAGACAGAGAAGACCCGUCUACAGUCUCGGCAAAUGCUUGAAAAGUUAACAUAUGAACCUUUAAGCACACUUUUAAAUUGCCUUUUGAGCUAUAUUGAACCACGUCUUCGACAGGUUUACUCUUAUAAGCGUGGGAUGGUCCCGAAUUGGUGGCCUCGCACUAUAAAGUUCAAUGGCAAAAACCACUAUAGCAAAGCCGCGAUUGUCGAAUUGAUAAUUUAUAUUAUAUUCGACUUGCACUCAGAAGGGUUCCGAAUUAUCCAUGCAAUAGAUGCGAUAAAAUUUCAUCCCAAGCUCACCGUCAAAGCCAAGGAGAUCGUAUAUUCAAUACUGUUCGUUCGACAGGCAGAAGACUUAUGCCGGGGGAACACGUCCAAUACGGUUCCAAAAGCAGAGGUGGUAAUAGGCAGGAGAGUUGCCCAAAGAGCACCGACAGACUCAGAAACCGAGUCAACUUUUAUACGACAGUGUAGUGGAGAAUCACAACCUUCCAUUUUCACCAGAGGCACGCUUAAAAGGUCUUACUACAUUCUCCUAGGAGUCAACGACCAAGGGAAUAUUUUCCAAUCAGUAUCGCAAUCAAUCAAUCGUGAUAACCUCAGGUUGUCGGCCGCCGUGGACAGUUUCAGGCAAGAGGUGUCCAGAGUGGAGGAGCAGCAGAGAGCUUACCUGUUGCAAGUCCAUAAUGAGUCGGAGCAAAAGGGUUGA